AUGGAUCAGAGGCACGGACAAUAUCCAAGGCAGAUCAAAACCUUCUGCUUAUAUUUGAACGAAGGAUCCUGCGAGGAAUAUUCAGUGGCAUCUGUGAAAAUGGUGUUUGGAGAAGGAAGUUCAACUACAAGGUAUACCACAGAUAUAAACAAAAAUUUGGCUUUCAACGUAAUAAUGUCCUUUCGCCUAAAAAAGAUUCAGCAGCUUUUAAAGCAGCAGCAAUCUACCAAUGAGGAUGCAUCGACCGAACAGUUUAUGUCUGACUACACAGUUUCUGUUUUUGAAUGUGAAAAUGGUACCCCAAAGAAUAUGCUCGACAAUGAUGAACAACAAAACAAACAAGAAUAUGAAACAAACGUUUCAGAGAUGGACAAUGAGUUUUUUUAUGAUAAGAAUAUAGCUGUUUCUGGAGUUUCUAAGUUAACAAGUUCUUCAUCAUCUUCAAGCAGCUGUUGUAGUAGGUGUUCCAGCAGGUCUUCCAGUAGUAGUAGCUCUUCAUCGUCCUCUGAAGAUUGUGAAGACAUAAUUAACGAUCAGAACUAUGUACCAAAGAGUGAUGAAGAAUCAGAAGAGUGUGAUAAAGAAAACCACGACGACGGUAAUAAUGAGCCUAUCAAACCUUAUCAGCAAACGAAGACAUUCCUAUUCUUGUUACACCCCCAAAGAAAGGCAAGAAACGUCAACGGAAUACUGAAAACUGGAUGA